AUGAAAAGGAGAGGUGAACAAAAAAAUUCUGCAUAUGAGCAAUCUGUUGGGUCACAAACAUCCAGAGUUUCUGGAACUGAAUCGCCCGAGAAGACUCGUCUCUCACAAAAACGCGCUGCUACAGAAGAAUAUGAUCAAAACAAAAGGCCAUCUAUUAUGAAGAGUGACAAGAAGGGGGAAAAAAGUCGUGCUGCAAAUAAUGUUAAGGAUGUUGCAAAGAUGGACCCUAAACUGCGUCAAUCAACAAAAGGAAAAAAGAGUGAACAAAUGCAAGAAAGGGGCUCGAAAGUCAAUGCUCGUGGGAGAUCGAAGAAGAAGACUGACAAGGCCAAGGCUGAUGCUGAAAACCCAACAUACAACAGAAAGCUCGAAACAUUUUGGUUUUCUUUAGUUGCCUCUGAGACACAGAAAAGCAAGAAGCCCUUGGAGCAAAUACCUUCCAAAUACUUGAGGGUGAAGGAUGGAAAUAUGACAGUUUCAUUCAUCAAGAAGUACCUUGUGAAGAAGCUUAACUUAAGCUGUGAAGAUGAGGUGGAGAUUAGUGUGUAUGGACAUGAGUUGCCUGUUAGUAUGCAAAUAAGGGAAGUGAUGGAGAUAUGGUUGCAAGCGGCACCAGCUUCAGAAACGAGACCGGCAGUCGUAGGUAGCUCGGCAGAGGACUUUCUGCUAACCCUAACAUAUGGCCGCAAAGCUUCGUCUCCUUAA